AUGAAAAUACUAAAUAUCGAAAUUUUACAACAUAAAUAUCUCGAUUUAACAAUGAACAAACAAAACGAAUGAGGUUUUGACAAAAGGGAAAACAAGGAGAGAUUCAGAGAGGUUUUGUAAGUAAUUAAACCGCGAUUUUGAAUUACGGAGAAUAAACGCUAAGAAAGGAAAAGUGGUGCCAAGGGUAUGGUUUCGGGUUGUGUAAUUUCUGUUAUUAUUGCUGAAUGCUAACUUUUUUUUACGAAGAAGAAAUGAAGAAAGAUUCCAGAAACGACGAAUCAGAAGACUCGAAACUUUGGGGAGCGGUUCUAUUCGGCUUAAUUGGCGCCACCGCCACUACUCUCGUCUUCGGUCAGCUACGGAAGACUGCUGAAUGGCUCUCUCUGCUAUCUAGGUCUCAGGCAUGGAAAGGAAAAAGUGGUAGUUCUUAUAGAACAGCUUUUCAGGAAGAGGCUUGGAGAAAACAUAAUAAACGGAUGCAAGAGGAGUAUGAAGAGGAGAUGGAGAGAGUCGAACGAAUAAGGCGAAUGCAAAACGUGUUUAACAGAGAAAGAAAUAAGUACAAAAGAGGCUAUGAAAGUUGGAAGGAACAAGGUCCUAGCCCAUAUCAUCAACAUUUCCAAAGAGAAGAUUGGUAUUGGAAGACUGAUACUUCAUACAAAGACAGGAGGGCUAAUUAUCGAGAAACUCCAAGAGAGAGCAGAAAUUAUGCAUUAUCACAUCACUACUCAGUUUUGGGUCUUGACAGGUUUAGGAAAGCACCAUAUUCAGAUGCUGAAAUUAAGUCAGCAUUUAGGACAAAGGCAAAGGAGUAUCAUCCUGAUCAGAACCAGGAUAAUAAAGAUGUUGCUGAAGCUAAGUUCAAAGAAGUGAUGACUUCAUUCGAGGCCAUAAAACACGAAAGAAAUAACCAAAAGCUGUAAUUGUCAAACUCUGCCCAUCAACCCCAGGACCGGAAAGGAUGUGAGAAUUUGACAAUUAACAGACAUGAGUAUCUCGUCUGAAUUGUACAAAGAAAAUCUGGUAAUAAUAUUAAACUGUAUUCAUUGAGUGGCAAUGCCAUUGCCAUGUUUGAAAGCCGCAGGCAAACAGUCAAGGUUGAGUAUGGAAGCCAUAGACAGAGAUGGACAAUUAAGUGUUGUUUAGAAGAGAUUAUUUUAAGUUUAUUUUAUGAGAUAAACAGUUGUAUAACAUAUGUUCAUAAGCAAUUUUCAAUGUAUUUUUAUAAAUUUCUCAAAAUAGUUCAUAGAAAAAUUAUACAGGGCUUCACUUUCUCUUUGAUUGUAAAAGCAACAUAAAUUUAAGCACUUUUAUGAUUAAUACCAUUUUAUAGAA